AUGAGCAAGAAAAAGGUAAUUUAUUCAUUCGAGAACAUUUCAGUUUAUGAAUCUGAUGUUGAUAGACUUAAGAGUUGCGAGUGGAUUAAUGAUACACUACUUUAUUUAGCAGGAAGAAAAAUCGAAAUCAAAUAUCAAAAAGAAAUCGAAGAGAAUCAUAAAAACUUCAUGUUUUAUCCACCAAAUACACUCGAAUUAGUAAGAUUUAUUGAUAAAUCCAUGGUUCUAGAUAUAAUCAAAUAUUGGAACGUUUUUAAUUCCAAAUACGUCUUCCUACCACUUAAUGAUGGUGGAUUUGGGAAUGAUCAAGGAUCCCAUUGGAGUUUAGUAAUAUGGGAUACACAAUUCUCACCUAAUGAAAUAAAUUUCUUCUAUCAUUUCGAUUCAAUAGGUGGAACGGCAACAAGAAUGGCAAAAUCCGUCUGCAAACAACUUUGUAACUAUUACGGAGUUUCAAGUUUUAAAUUCUUCGCACCAAGAUCUCCCCAACAGGAUAAUUCAUACGAUUGUGGACUAUUUGUAGUUGCUAUUAUCGAAUAUGUAGCAAAAAAUAUGGAUUUAGAAAACAUUAAGCAAAAUAUAUCACAAAAAUUAGUGUCUCAACUUCGAGAAGACUUCACAUCAAAAUACAUGAUAUAG